AUGGGAGCCUGUGCUAGCAGACCUAAGAACUUGGAUUUGGAUAAACAGCCGGAACCUGCACCGGCACCAGCUCCGGCCCCUUCCGAAUCCCCGGGCGUGCCAGAGACCAUUCCCCAAGAGAAGGAAGAUGAAGUUGAGAAUAUGAAGGAAGAGCCUUUGAAAGAUAUUUCCGAACCAGCAAUUCCAGAAGCGCCAAAGGUGGAGGAAGAAGUAACAAAAACUGAACCAAAAGUAGCUGUUGAAGAAGUUGUCCCGGCCGAGGCACCUAAACCUACGGAAGCCACAGAUGAGGGUGUUGAGCUAACCAAGGAAGAGAAGAAAGAGGUGGUAGAAACUGUUGAGAAACCCACAGCCGAGACUGAGGCUGCUGCCCCAAAAUCUUAA